AUCAGUUUUUGGAAUUUUUUUGCGAGUUAGGAAUUGUUAGAGCGUUAGGGCUUAAAUUUAAAGUUGAAUUCGGUGAAAUGGGACGUUUUUCUCGUAAUUUAUAGGAAAAUAAAGAUCUUAGGGUAAACGAAAGAUAGUUUUGUCGUAUUCUGCUUAAAAUGGCGGCGACCGAAGAAGCGAUUUUGCCUCAACAAGAUGCAGUUACAAUUGAUCACAGAUACCGAGGGUACGUGUAUGACCUCCAACAUCCCCGGAUCCCGCUCACAGGACCGAUUGGAUUCAGAGCCGAUGAUACGAAGAAGUAUCCGCUGCCGAACUCACUGAUAAGAGGAAACCCAGUCCUACCACCGACUCCAGCAAAAGGAUUCUUCGGUUCGGAAAAUAUUCGAGACCUGAGCGGGGAGGAGAGAAGAGAGAAUAAAAUUAAUUUGAGACUUCUAAAUAAAACUUCUGCAGAAAUCAGGAGCAAGCAACGCGCACAGGAAGAACAGACUGAAUUUCUCAGAUUACACCGGGAAGCAAGGAAAAGAGAUGAAUUAGCAAAGAAGCAAGAACAAGAGAACGACAUGAAACAACUGAAAACUUACUUUCCUUUCGGGAAACCGGGAUACGGGGCACCUAGGGCCGAAAAGACCGGAUUUUCUAAAACUCUACAAAACCAAAACGGAGUGGGUAUCGUUGUCGACCCCUAUGUGUCCCAGCCGCCGAAAGUCGAUUGGAAGAAAACAGUUCCUAUUGGUGCCCCAGGGCGCCCUCGAGUGAGAAGAUAUGAAGACGACCAGAUGCGACGAUACGCCGUCAGUAGGGACACAGCACUGGCGUAUAAGAAAGAAUUAGACACACUCAUGGAUAUCCGGGAAAAGAACGCACUUAAAAUCAAGUCCAUAGAUUUUGAACGAGAGAAAGACAGCUUGCAUUACGAUCCGUUCGGAAAACCAGGGGCAGGUGCACCGAACCGUGACAACAAAGGCAAGCCAGCCACCAAACGAAGCAUUAGUCUGUCGUAUGUGAACAAUCCUAUUGAUGCCAGGCACGCAGAGAGAGUUCGAUAUAAAGCAGAGGAAGAAGCAAAAUUUGAGGAUAACGUUGGCCGAGUACAAGUCGGACGACACUACAAGAACACAAGCCCGGUUCCAAAAGACGACGCCAAAUUGUUUGACCCGUGGGGUAAAGAAGCUCCAAGAAUCGAUUCCCGUGGGAAUGCACGACGAUUCCCCCGCGCAGGUGACAAUGGAAUCUAUGAAUUUAUCGACCCCAGCGUCCCUGGCGAAGUGUUUCCCCGGAAACAUAUCGGGGGUGGGGGUGAACCACUAGUUGGCGACAACGGUGAGCCAUUGACAAAGCGAAUGGGAAAUUUAACUACAAUUCAUGGUGCAAGACGAAGUGAAAACAUACCACGAGUUGCCACACCAGAGAAGGUUCGUCAGUUUGAAGGCGGGAACAGUCCAUGGGGUCGGCCCGGUGCAGGCGCUCCAUUGACUGACGAAUCUGGAAAUGUCGUCAAGAACACGAAAGGCAGAAUCGAUAAAGAAAGACAAAAUCUGACGCAAACUGAAGCGUCUCGUCGAGUACGCGCAAAGGAAUUGUACAGAUCUCAACUUCAGGAAGGCAUGAGCCUGCAGAAGACCUUACGUGACCAAGAGAAAGAGUUUUUAAUGCAGCCGGCUGGCGAUGUCCCAUCCUGGUUUAGUAAAGGCAAGGUAGGAAGACCGACCCGGGAUCCAGAGACAGGAUUGAUUCAACCCCAGAAACGGGUCAUGAGCGACGUUACAGCACAGAAGUUGGCUGCUGACAGGCCUCGAGAUGUCGAGUCUUAUUACAGGGAACUGAAAGAACAAGCGGAUGACAGGAAAAGAAUGAGAAUGAAAGAAAAGGAAAGAGUCGCGCAGCUGGAAGCGAAGCACUUCCGCAAUUUUGACAAUUUCUUCCGGAAACCAGGUCACGGCGCACCGAGAGGUGACGGAGUAAACACGAGAAGAAAGUUUAGUACAAGCGCAUUCCAGGCUCAAGAGCAGGAAGGCACGCAGGUUCUCCCAUCGAGACAUAAGACGACAUUACAAAGCGCUUUGUAUUUGCCGUAUUGUCACGAUAGUAUGAGUACUGUGUUACGUAACCAUGUUACAAUUGAUGACGUCAAUCGCCCGAAUUAUACCUUCACGAAAAAGAACGAUGACGUAAGGAAGGAAAAUGGUUUUUACGUCACUGAUGUCGCAAAGCUUGAAAGCGAAACGAAAACUUGCAAUGAUCAGACGUUGUGCGAUAAAUGUCCACUCAAGGUCAAUAAGAAAUAUUCAAUUACGUCAUCCCCGGUGACGUCGUCAGCAUCAGGUAUUUCGUCAUCAGCGUCAGGAGGGUCGUCAUCAAGUUUAGAAUCGUCUAAAAGUUGUUCAGGCAGUUCAGCAAAGUCAGAUUACAAGGUUAAAAAUGCCAUUCCCGUACCGAGUAGUAGCACCGUGGGCAAUCGACGGAUGAAAUGGAAGAAUUACUGAAAACACAUGAAACACUGAACACCGGCAGUAUUAUUAUUUUUCAUUUCUCAAAUACUGUUAACAAUAUCACUUAAUGUUACUAUAAUUUUGAGGUAUGACAAACCUUCUGUUAAUCUUGCGAUGUGCGUAUCAUAUUUGAACUCAUUGUUACGUAUGAACUAUGAAAUUCAGCUAUUAUUUGAUAAGAUUCCUUCAACGCAAAACUUCGCUUCAACCUUGAAACCUUUGACUUUACGGCGUUUUCUAAUUUUUUGAUUAAAAAUUCUAUCUGACGUUCCGGGUGAAACCAUGUCGGGUUAGUACCUUUGACGGAAAAUCACUUUUCCGCCUUGUUACUCAAUAGAUUUAGAACCAACACUAUCAAUUCAAGUUCAAUUUUUGGUUUGGUUAAAAUAUCUAUCACAAUCCACAUAAGAUAUUUAAACAAUAACCUUGAGAUUGAGUUCUGCAGAGUGUCCAUAAAGUCUCUUUACAAUUUGAAUUUUAUCAUGAAGUCAGUUCUUAAUAUAUCCUAACCAUGGUAUUGAUAAAUUCCGUUUGCAAUUCAAAAAAUAUUUAUGGACACCCCUGUACAUUCAGGGGGUAUUCUUCAUUCAGACUAAGUUCUAUAUCCAUCUUUCCCCAGGGAUUUUCUCAAUAACUAUUCACCACAUAAAGCAACGUUUUUCAAACGUGACGAUUAGUUUAGAUCAGUGGUUCACAAACUUUUUAAGCCGCGUCUUUUUUGGGAAUUUGUUAAGUCUCGCGCCCCAUCUAACUAGUUAACAAUAAGCUACAAAUAAUAGAUAAUAAGGCGAAAGUAUCUUUAUUUCAAAAACACGUUAAAAAUACUUAGAUGGAGCGUAAAUAAUUGAAUGAAUGAGAAGUUUGAUAAAUUAAAUAUCCACAAUAAGGCGGGCAAGGUAAAUCUAACAAAUAUUUUUAUUUUCAAUAACCUUCACGCGCCCUCAAAAAAUUGUCUACGCCCUCUUGUGGGCCGCGCUCCGUCGGUUGUGAACCACUGGUUUAGAUUCACGUAUAGGAUUAGUAUCUCUGCAUAAUACAUUGGUGCGCUCACCCGUGACUUUGCUCAGUGACGAGCCCCCAUUUACUCACCCGUAACCCAGAGUCGACUCCCCCUUUACUCA